AUGGUUGCCUAUACAUUCGACAUGAAAUUCGUAUAUGUGAUAGCGGGUUGGGAUGGGUCUAUCUCCAAUGCUCGUGUCUUGCAAAAUGCUUUAACUCGUCGACCUGAUUGUUUUCUUGUACCUCAAGAAAAAUAUUACGUUGUCGAUGCCGGAUAUGCCCAUACUCCUGGAUUUGUGGCACCUUAUCGAAGUUUUCGUUAUCAUUUGAAUGAAUUUCGUACAGGGAGGAGGCCUAGUAAUAAGAAAGAACUCUUCAACUAUCGUCAUGCCCAACUGCAAAAUGUAAUUGAAUGUGAUGAAGAUGGGUUUGUUGAAGCAGUUGAGAAUAUUGUCGAUAGUGGUGAGGAAAUUUCGCCAUCACCUAUAGACGUCACUACUGCCGAAGAAGAGCGUGCAGGCUCUAUUGUGACAGAGCGCGCGAGAGAGCAAUGGGCAAAAAAGAGGGAUGACAUUGCGGACCGAAUGUGGAAUGACAGCCUUCCUUGGACCCGGCAGCGACGUUGA